CCUUACGAUUAAACGGUAACACUGACGGCAGAACUAAACCUGGAAAAAAGUAUUGUUUUAGGGAAAAUCAUGGCUAAUUGUAGCUAGAACGCGUUUUGGAAAUUUGGCCAAUACAUUUUUAGGGCCACCAAAAAAACGGCAGUUAGGCAAUAUUCGAGGACAGAUGAAAAUUGACGCGUGUUAAAUGCAAACAAGAAAAUUCCAACACAGACCUUGAGUGGCUCUCUCACACACACAAGGCGCGAACACCCCUCCGCACCUGCGUCACACACAUACAACACAUUCACACCGAUAUAGGGGAGCAAAAGAGAUAGAAGAUCGAAACGUUCCCUGUUUUUUUUUUGGUUGUUUUUUUUAAAACAGGAAGUGGUCUUUAGGGGAUCCUUUUGCUAAAUUUUGCAGCUGGCAUUAUGGUGAAUGUACCUCCGCCGCUGCUCUGCAGCACACCGCCGCCCAUCGAUUUCGGUGAGGAAGACGACGAUUCCGGUUUGCAAUCCACAAUUCACUUGGAUGAAGGUGACGAAUACUCUAAUUUUGGCUUAGUCAGCAGCUCGAAAGAACCCACUACACCACCAGAUCCCGUUGAGGAAUUUCGAGAAAAGCCACCGGAUUUGUUGGAAAAUAAACAAACCGCCGAGGCAUUCAAUUACCAAGUCAAACAGACAAUGGAUUACGAUGUUUUCGGAGUAACAGCACCGCCCACGCCGCCUCCCUUGAGCUUGGAGCUGGAAGAAGAGGAACUGGAAGAGCAGGUACCCUCCUUGAAGCUAGACAGUCUCAGUCUCUACUCCACGGAAAGCGUGUCUGCCGCCUCCACACUUUCACCCGUUGCGGAAACGGAUAUAGUUGCUCCGCCCGUGAUGCACACAACCAAAGCCAAUACCCUCAGCCAUCAGGUCACGCUGGAGGAUGUUUCCGAUGACAGCGACGAGGAGUGCUCGCCAAAAAAACCCAAAGAACUAUAUAUACGCGAAGGAGCCGUGGAUUUUUUUGCCAUCGAGGUUCUGUCAACACCUACUUUACCAAAUGGCGAUGGUUUUCCGGAGGGGGACAAGGAACCGGGAAAGGGAAUAAACAUAAAGAAUAGCUUUACUGGCUUGGAAAGCCUGGAUAAGAGUUCAAAUAACUUGGCGACACCGUUGGAAACCCAAGAAAAAAGCUUAUCAGACCCUCAGAAUCUAGAAGAAACAUCUAGCCAGUGGGGUAAAGCAGCGGAAAGUGAUACAUUUCAAUUUGCAAACUUUGAAGAGCCGCCAGACGACUUACAUUACAAAGAAUCGAUCCCAGAAAGUCAGGAUAUCGAAGAGGAUGAUGACUUUGGUGACUUUGCGGAUUUCUCAGUGGCUGAAAGAUACCAAAAAACUCCAUCGACAGCUUCUACGUCUGUCUUUGAAACACCUUCCUUAAAAGUCAUUUCGACAACGGAUACGGAACCUUCAAAGGCUGAGACAACUGCUCCUUCUUUAAAAGCUUCUUUUACAUUACCUCCUCCAGAGCCAGCAGACGAUGGUUUCGAUGAUUUUCAAGAGUUCGCCACUCCAACAAAUGGAAGUCCUGGUCAAAGCGAAAACGAUGAUGACGACGAUUUUGGUGACUUCUCAGAGCCCGUUGCGGCAGUUAUUUCUGUACCUCCACCACCACCACCAGCGGCACCUCACCUGAGCAUCGAUGAAAGGGUGAAGCCAGUCCUGGAGCUGAUGUUCCCGAAAUCAAAGGAGCUGGAAAGCAUCAGUAUGGCUAAUCGCAAGCCUUUGGCGCAGUGUCAGCGAUUUAAUUUUGGUGCCAUCGAGCAUGCCCAAGCUCUGGAUUAUCAAUGGAGCAGUUCGGAGAUGAGGCAUGCCCUCGUUCGAUCGCUGGGCAUCGAUUCAAGAAAUAUACUCUUCGGCGACAAGUGGAACUCAUCGAUGCCGCGAUUUGCCGCCAACCUGAGCUUCGAUCCCUUGAAGCCGAUGAAACCAUUAUCGAGCGGAACUACUACAAGCACAUUAGAUCCAAUUGUCAAUUCCAGCAGCUAUCAGGAAUCACAUGUACAGACAUUACAAUUGGAACAACUAGACCAACUAUCGGUGGUGGCUAAUGCUGAUAAAAUAAAUCUUGUUACCUCUAACUCCCACACCAAUAAUAACAACAUCGAUAAUGGUGAAAACGACGUUGCUGCUAACAUCAAUCAACUGGAUGAUAAACCACAACCACCUGUAAUGGAUUUGAUGACCUAUAACAAUCACAAUUUGACAAUCGAUUUGCACCACUCUCCACCAAUCCACUCCACCACACAUUUUGCCACCAUCUGCAACAACAACAACAACAAUAAUAAUAAUAAUAUCGAUAAUAACAAUCUUAACAACAAUCAUGCAACAACAACAAUGACAAUAACAAUUAACACAAAUCUCACUGCUCACGACGCCUUGCUGGAUUUUAGAAUGGAAAACGCCCCCGCAGCAGCGACGAGCCAAGCUGAAACGCGGAUUGGCCCGCCUCAUGGGGAAGGGUCCACCGGCUCCGGUUCUGGUUCCGCCAGCAAUUCCGACGGUGAAGACCGACGAAACCAAAGCUAUCAGCCAACUUCAGUCACCAGCGCCGAAUCGAACCAUAUUGAAUCCGCAACAGCGCCAUCAACAACAGUUGUUGCUCCAACAGCAGCGACGCUAUCGACUGCUUUAUCAGCAGACAGCCCUGCCCACAAACUCAACAGCGGUGAGCAGUUGCAUCAGCAGCGUACGGAGCCGGAGCAGUUUGAUUUGAGGACCACUCCAACGCCAGCACCGCCAGCUCAGGAGGAGAUCGUCGGCAGCUCGAUGGCCAGCUAUUCGGUGCCAUUGAAGGAGACCCACAUCUAUACACCCUCCAAAUCGGAUACGGCGGUGGCCAAGACCACAACGCUGGCACCCAUUGAUUUCGACUACGAGAUGGCGGCAACGGGCAUAAUCAUUGAUGAAACGGUGGUCAAGAAGGAGUAUCGCGAUGUGGAGUACAAACCACCAUUUGGUCUCGAUUCCCCCAGCAAAGUGAGUGGCAAUGGAGCUGGUAGCAGUUUCGAGUUGCCACCCCAGGCAGAAGACGAUGACUUUAGUGACUUUCAAUCGAUGCCGGCGACCCGGUCGAGAAUCGAUACACCUACUUUUGGCGAACAGAUGAUCCUCAGUCCGGCUAUUCUGCUGCCUCAAGCCAUUCCGUUGGCCAAGAAGCCAACUGCCUCCAUAGAAUGGGGCGACAAUGCUUUGUCUAGCAUAAAUGCCGAGGAAAUGGCCAGGAUAGAGGAAUUGUUCUCCUCUCAGGCCAAACCACUCACAAUUAGCGCUUCGGUGGCCAAAAAACCAACUCCUCCCGCACCAGUUCAAUCUCAGCCGCCUCAAGAGGAUGAUGAAUGGUCAGACUUUGUCUCUGUUCCGGUUAACCAACAACAGCAGCAUCAUCAGCAGGCACAGCAGCAACACUCUAUCGCUAACAACAAUAAUAAUGUUAAUAGCAAUCUAAGGAAACCACCUGCAGCUCCGAAAGAAGAUGAUUGGUCUGAUUUUGUGAGCAGUACACCACCCGCUCGACCGGCUCCACAAUUCAAUUCGGGUGCCUGGCAGAGUGCUAAUUUCUACAACAAUCCCUUGAGUUUGUACCAAGCGCAGCAGCAACAGCAACAUCCCCACAGCAAUCUGGUACCUAGCAGCAGCAGUAGCAACAACAACAAUGUGCCAGCCAUUCCACAGCAAAUACACAUUAUGCAUGACUUUUCGACAGCGCCCGUUUCUGGAGGAUUGGGUGUGGGUGCCACCUACCAGCAGCAGCAUCAACGUCAGCAAUUCCAAAUCGGCAAUGCCAAGGUAGCGCCGCGCAUCUCUCUAAUUCCCGAUCUCAGCUUUGUGGCACCAGCAUUGCCCACUAAUGCUGGUGCUUUCAUGGGUGCGCUUCCGAAACCGAGUUUCGGUGGCAAGAAAUGACACAAGAAGCUUAGGGUAGCAGGUGGCAGGGUCCUGCAGCAGCACCGUCAGAAUGUGGGCGGGCCAUGUCCACUGGGAGGCGUCGAGUCCACCAUUCUCACGUAGGCAAAAAGAGAAGAGGGGCGUGCCAGUCAGUAUUAUGAAUCCGUCUGAUAUUUACCAUAAACCGAACCGUCACACAUGUAGUUUGAUGCAAGCUGUGUUCCAUGUUGUUGUCGUUAUUGUUGACGUUAUCGUUGGCAUAAUUGUUGUUGUUGUUGUGCGUGCAUGUUGUUGUUAGUCAUAGAUCAGGAUUAAAAAAAUAAUAAGAAACAAAAAUAGAAAAAAAGUUUGUGCAAUAUUUCGAUUCCAAAUUUAUGUUGUACUUAAUUUUGACAAAAACAAAAGUCUUAAAUUUAUCGAAAAUUUUAAUUUUUAAAGAGAUGGCGGAAUAUAAAUUGAAAAGAUUUUAAGCUUUGACUUAGGACUACUUGAAAACCCAGUGAAAUUCUCGAAACUAUAUAGGAUAUUCCUGAAACCUUUCGAGAUUUUAAAAUUUAAGCUUAUGCAUCUUCAGGCAUGCAAUACUAAACUUCGGUCAUAUCAAUAUACCAUCAUAAGAUUAAUCUUAGAUGACCAAAAACAAAAGAUUAGAAAAAAUACGGAUUUCAGGAAUAUCAUAAAUAAUUUCUUAAAAUAUUACGUAUCCGCUCUAUCUAUGUAGUUACAUGAUAAUUUUAGCUUUACUAAAUCCAAAAUCUGCACCCAGCGUCGUCUAGAAAUGUUAGAAUACUCCACCAAUCUAAGGACUAUCAUCAGUUGAUCUACAGUAAAGCCUACGAAUGCAUUCCACAGACAGACUUCCCUUUUUGUAACUCCCUUGAAAGCAAAUACUCCAAAGCGAUUGCGGGCCACCACACAUUGAUGAAAACCCAACCCGCCUGAUGCGAAUUUUUCUAUAUUGUGUACUUAAACCAACAAGAAGAACCGAACUAACCAAGCAAACAAAUAGUUAACGCUGUAAAUGUAAUAGGAUUUGUUAGUUGAUAGAGAAAAACUCCCGUGCAUUCCAAGUGUAAAUGAAUGUGUGUGUGUCUGGUUGCCAUGAUGAUCUCCAGAAAAAUCGCUGGAAAACGAAACCCAAUCCGCUCCAGUUCUUGAUUAUUGUUUUUCGUGUUAAUUUGUUUUCAUUUAUUUAUUUUUACUCUGUAUGUUACGCACUUUAAGUUUGAAUGUGUUUCAGUGUGUGUUUUGCGUGUGUGUGACUGAAAAUUAUAAACAAUUAUUAACUAAAACUAAGUGUUUAAUGUAAUCAUAUGUUUUAUAGACUUAAAUGUAAAUUACAAAUAGAUUUUUAUUUGUUUUUUAUUUUAUUUUGCCAAGUCAAUGAAUGGAAGGUAAAAACAAAAAUAUGAUUAUAGAUGGUUGCUGCUUGAUUUAAAUAAAUGAAUUAACUAUGUACUAGAACGUAUUAAAAUAUAUAUUUAACAUAUUGUAAAAUUAAAGAUAUGCGCAGAUUAAAAUAAACCUAUUUAAAAAACAAAA